UCCGCCGUUGUGUUUGUCGUGGUCGGACGCCGGCGGCGCCGAGACGCCGCUGCUGCUGAGAGUUCCAUUGUUUUAUUGCUCAGACUCCAUUUAGAGUCAAUAAGCGCUAAUGGACGUUUGUUUAACUUAAAUGUCAGCGUUCCUCCAUCACCGCACAGCCGCCGGCUGUCAAUCAAACACACGGCACGUCAUGUGACCUGCGGAGGAGGAGACUCAGGCUUCAAAACGGCAGCGCCCAGAGGACCGGGCACCAGAGACCAGCCCAGAACCAGGACCCAGCACCAGGACCAGCAGAAGGAACCAGACCAGCAGACAGUAUGCAGAGUCCACGUUGUCCCGCCAUCUUCAUCCUCGUGCUGAUGGUGCUGUGCAGUCCGGUUUCCUCUCAGGACGACAGGAACCAGGACCAGGACCAGGACCAGUACCAGGACCUGGACCUGGAGCUGCGUCAUCACCGGCUGCUGCAAAGAGCUCGCAGUGCAGACCUCCUGACGCAGGAGUGGAGUAAACGUGCGGUGGCGGACCUGCUGGCUCAGAUGUCUCUGCCUGAGGCCGACGCCCAGAGGGAUGCUGAGAUGGUUUCCACGGCAACAGGAGGAAAGAUGAACCUGGAGCGGUCCAUCGAACCCCCGAACAAUCUGCCCCCCCGCGAACGCAAAGCGGGGUGCAAAAGCUUCUACUGGAAAGGCUACACUUCCUGUUAAUGCCCCGCCCAGCUGAGGCCACAACUUCACUGGACCAACCGACCAAUCCCAGAUCACCUGACCUGUGCCUCGGCGACUCAAUGGACCAAUCGGCAGCUGUCUGGCGGCUGUGUACCUGAAUAAUUAUCUAUGUAAUUAUCAAUUAAAGAAGUAAUCACUGAA